AUGCCCCUCGCACCACGUCAAAGUCGUAAGGGCGGAAAGAUCUUUUCACCCGCCGGACCUUUGGUCGAGGGUGGUACGUCGGUCGUCAUUUCUCCGGGCACGCUGCUUCCCGAUACGAUGCCAUGUAGCUUACCGAGUGAGCCUGGGAAUGGCAGCAUUCUCGAAUUUAACUUUGAUGAUAUCUUUACCGGUAAGAAGUCUCGUAACCCUUCAUCGUGCAAUACAAUGUCUUCUGCGAUAGGUGCGGAUGCCAACGUGCUUAAGUUUGACUUCGACGCGAUUCAGAAGGUUGGGCAGGGUGAGGUUAUUGGGGCUAAGAAGAGUAUCCGGACCGGCACCCGAAAACCGCAAGCGACCUUCGAAAGCGUCGAGGAGAAGCUUAUGAAAGUUAUCGAUGCUCAGACGUCGAGUCCGCUUCCGUUUGUGGAGGUAGGGUCCGACCCCGCGCAACUCGCGGCGUUGCAGGCGUAUGAGGUGGUGCUGGUGGAUCGCCCCUACUCCUCCCUCACGCUCGCCGUCGCCACGAGUGUAGGGGUGGAAAACGCGAAGGUUCUCGUUGUGGUUCCUCAGUACCAUGAGGUCUCUCCUGUCGCGCGAUGCCUUUCGCACCUUCAGAGGAAGGAAAAGGUUCCACAUGAGGGCGGCGUCGGGGAGCUCUGCGGCCAAUUCUGCAAGGGAUCCGUGGAAUGCAGACUGUGGGUGUGCAACGCCGAUACCGCGCUGGUUUACCUGCACACGCAGAAAUCGCUUGAUCCCUUCACGCACGUCGUGUUGCCCGCCCUCAGCCGGAUGGAUCACACCGUCGCGUACUUCCUUUGGAGCCUCCGCGAGCGGUUUUACGUCCACAGCUCCACCACCUCCUCGCCGCGCGUCGUGCUGUGUGUGCUGGAAGGCGAUCAGGAGUGCGUGCAUCAGUUCUUCCCCAAGCAAAAGCUCAUCACGGUCGAGUCUGGUGAGAAGCGCGAGGCGAACGUGUUGGAGUUCACCUACGACGAAUCCAGCGCGCUCGUGGCAUCCGACGUGCUCGAGGUCGGCGUGGAUAGCAAGGGAAAGUGCCCGCCCCCAAACCACAAGCUCGUGAACCAUAACCUCAAUCUGGUCUCGGGGAUAGUGGAUUUUAUUAUAGAACACGCCAGGGUGCCGCAGACGAUUUACAUUUUUACCGCCGAUACGCAGGCGGUGAUGGAUGCCCUGCAGGGCGUCCCCCUCCCCAAAACGAAGCUCUUCACCAACCAGCACGCCUUUGAGUCCGUCUCGUCCGAGCCCUCCAAGCACCACCACAUCUUCAUCACUCCGUUUCUUCCGAAUUUCUUGUACGCGCUGCAGGAUGAGGUGCACUUCGUGCUCGAUCUGGGCACCACCCGUCGUCUUUCCCCACAAAGCAAAUCGGAGAGUUUCAUCGUUAGCAGCCUCACGGAGUGGGUCUCGCAGAGCGAGAUUCGCCAGCAUCGGCACCUUCUCGGGCUGCGUUGCGUCGGGGGCUACUUCGCGCUUUACCCCCCUCCCGCCGCGGCGGGUUUUGCCGCGAAGGAUACCUCGAAGUCGGCGAUGUUUCAGGUCGAGGAUGCGAUUUUGCAGUGCAGCCGCGCGGAGCUGCCGGCGAUGCUCGCGUCGGACGUGUUAGCGCCCUCCGAUCCGGAUAUGUGGGAGCAGGCGCAGCACAGCCUCUGCGAGCGGCAGCUCAUCUCGACGGCGUCGAACGUGCAGAUCACCUUCCUCGGCGAGGUCGUCUCGCGUUUGCCGUUGGGGCUCGAUCUCGGCUGUUUCGUCGUGAACGGCUGCGCGAUCGGGUUUGGCGAGGCCGCCGUCGUGAUCGCCGCGGUCGGGGCCUUUCCCUACCUCUUCGUCACCGGCCGAAGCUUUCACGAGAAGGAGGCAUGGGCGAAGCAGGUGAUGGAGAAUCGUCGGCUGUACGCCGAGGAGGUCGCCCGCCAGAGCGACGUGCUCGCCGAUACGCUUGUUUUCCUGCAUUGGUGCCGCCUGAAAGUGGAGGGAAAGCCGACCGAGAGCCUUAUCGCGGAGUUGCAGGUGGAGGAAUGGCGUCUCGAGCGAAUCCGCGGCUUGGUGGAGCACCUCCGCCUGCAGCUUCUCGACUACGCCUUUAUCGAUAGUCUGGAUCGGAUCCAAACCGUAGACAUGGUCCUGCAGAGUAUCAAGGCGAACGCGACGACGUUGGUGUUCCUCUUGUCCGCCUCCCUCGCGCGCAAAGCCGCCUUCGUGCACGAUUCGGGCAAGCUGAAUGUGCGGGAUCGCUCCGCCACCCUGACGUUCGUGCGGACCUCCAAGAAAGUAGUUCCCAACUUCAUCUACCCGACGGGCAUCCCAUGGGAAGUCGGCAUGGCGGUCGUUUCGUUGGAUCUGCGCAACAACCCAAACAUGAUUCUCUCCACACGGCUCUCGGCGGUUAGCGCGAACUACCUGUUCGCGACGCUGCUCCUGCUGUACCCGCAAGUGGAGUACUCCGCCCCGGUGGACGUCGUGGAUAAGGGCCAUGUUGUGUACUUUAGCAUCACUUGCAACCGACAAACGAAGCGGUUUCGCGUGAACAUCGAGGAUGCCGCGCGGAUUUUAGAUUUCCGCGAGAAGUGGAAUACGGCGUUGGGGAUCCUACAGGCGCUGCGGCUGCUACGCCGCCCGAUCUCCCAUCGCGGGUUUCAGCUCGCCUUGAAGGAGGAGAACCGCGCCUUCGAUCUCGAACAGUUUCGUAUCAGCCUGCAGCAAGAGCUCAUUAGCCUCGUGACGGAGACGGAGAUUUCCGAGCACCAGGUAAGCUUCACGACGCAUGGGGAACAUCGUUUAAGACCUAAAGAGGUCCUCCGCGGUUUGGAGGGAAGUGAGGCGGGGGAUGUGCUCAUGGCGAAGCGGUUCCGUACCGGCGAGCUUUGGCAGGCGUCCUCGACGCCCAUGGCUUGGACCAAUGACAAGACGACUUCGAAUGCCGCAUCUCCCUCUUCCACGUUCGUGAAUAGCCCAUUGUAUGAAGUCGAGGAUGAUGAAAUUGAAUUUAUCACCGACUCGUACUUCCUCAAUCAUGGCCCCAUUAUCGAUGAUGACGAGUAG